UUUAUUUACCUUCCACGCUUGCAUGCAGGGUUCUUUCUCUUAGACAAUUUAUUUCCAAAAUUUCAUGCCAAAUAUCUACACAAGACAAGCAACAAAAUUAUAGUAUGACGGAAGGUAGCAGCAAGAAGCAAAGAUGUGAUAGAGUUGUAGCAAGUCAUGACUUGAACAGAAAGCCAAGGUUUAGAUGGACAGUGGAACUUCAUGAGAUGUUUGUUAAAGCUGUUAAUGAGCUAGGAGGUCCUUAUGAUGCAACACCGAAGAAUAUUGUGAAACUCAUGGAUGAUGAAGAUAUCACACCAGAACAUAUCAAAAGCCAUCUUCAAAAGUAUAGACAGAGUAAAGACAUGAUCAGCACCACUAGAAGUAGUAGUAAAGGCAAGUGUUAUGCUACUAUUACAUUAUAUAUUUUUGGCAAAAUCAACUGAUUUUGAGCAGCUUAUAAAUCUUUAAUACAAUGUGGAAAAACAUGCAGGAUCAGCAAAGAAGUAGGCUCACAGAUUUCUAG